AGAGCAAUAUAUUUUAGUGGCGAAGUAUCUAAGCUACCUUCUGCCCUAAAUAUCAUCUCUGAAGUCUGAAGCAACAUUGCAAUUUGCAACAGCUGGGACCAAAAGAAGAGGUUUGGAUCGGCCAUCACCAACGAGUUUCCAGUUUCCACUGAGAUAGCAGAACCAGGGACUGUAUUGAGCAGUCCUACACCUGUGUCAAUCUUCAGUUCUUCACAAGUACAUAAAUGGAUGAUGAGGAGAUUGUCAAGGGAGACAAGCUUAUACUGAGGGGUUUGAAGCUACAUGGAUUUCAUGGGGUGAAACCAGAAGAGAGGAAGUUGGGUCAGAAGUUCUUGGUAGAUGUUGAUGCUUGGCUGGAUCUCCGUGAAGCUGGUAAAUCUGACAAUUUGGCUGACUCAGUCAGUUACACUGACAUUUAUCGGAUAGUUAGGGAUAUCGUGGAGGGGCCGCCUCAGAAUCUUCUCGAGUCUGUGGCUCACCUCAUUGCAACUACUACAUUAACAAGAUUUCCUCAGAUAUCAGCUGUGCGUGUGAAAGUUGGGAAACCUCAUGUUGCUGUUCAGGGGCCCGUUGAUUACUUGGGAGUCGAGAUUCUUAGAUACAGAAAAUCUGAUGUUCAAUAAUGGGAGUCUGUUUGAAUUUGAUAAAUAUGGUUGCUCUCUUUUUGGUUGAAUGGUAACUAACGCCAAAAAAAUGAUGAUUGGUUUGAAGCCUGUGAAUCAAAUUUAGAUUCUUAAUUUAAUUUAAGUGUGAUCUCAA